GCUGAGGCGGUGUCGGCGGCGGGAGUGGGCGCUGCGCUCGGGGAGCAGCAGCGGGGUCGGCAGCCGCGCGCAGCGCUGCUGAGGAGCGGGGUCGGCGCGGAGCGAGCAGCUGCGCCACGGGUGGCAUUGUGCUUCUCAGCGUGCUGGAGUAUUCCCAGACCAGAAGCGAGGCUGAGCCCAGAGGGCUGGGUUGCUUCAGCAGGGAAGACUCCCUUCCCCCCUGCUUCAGGCUGCUGAGCACUGAGCAGCGCUCAGAAUGGAAGCCAUCGCCAAAUAUGACUUCAAAGCCACUGCAGACGAUGAGCUGAGCUUCAAAAGGGGGGACAUCCUCAAGGUUUUGAAUGAAGAAUGUGAUCAGAACUGGUACAAGGCAGAGCUCAAUGGGAAGGAUGGCUUCAUUCCCAAGAACUACAUAGAAAUGAAACCACACCCGUGGUUUUUUGGCAAAAUCCCCAGAGCCAAGGCAGAAGAAAUGCUUAGCAAACAGCGGCACGAUGGGGCAUUUCUAAUCCGAGAGAGUGAGAGUGCUCCUGGGGAUUUCUCCCUCUCCGUCAAGUUUGGAAAUGAUGUGCAGCACUUCAAGGUGCUCCGGGACGGAGCUGGAAAGUAUUUCCUCUGGGUGGUGAAAUUCAAUUCUUUGAAUGAAUUGGUAGAUUACCACAGAUCAACAUCUGUGUCCAGAAACCAGCAGAUAUUCCUGCGAGACAUAGAGCAGGUGCCACAGCAGCCAACAUACGUCCAGGCCCUCUUUGACUUUGACCCCCAGGAGGACGGUGAGCUGGGCUUCCGCCGGGGAGACUUCAUCCAUGUCAUGGAUAACUCAGACCCCAACUGGUGGAAGGGGGCUUGCCACGGGCAGACCGGCAUGUUUCCCCGCAAUUAUGUUACCCCUGUGAACCGGAACGUCUAAGAAUCAAGAAGAGAUUAUUUAAAGAAAUUGAAAACACAAAAGAAACAUACCCACAAGCUGCCUGUAACAGCAGCCUGUGAGGGAGCUCAGAACACCUGGCUGGGUCACACUGGUGACCUUCUCACUUUGGUUGGAACUUUGGGGGGUGGGUGGGGUGUUGGAUAUCAAAAUGCCAAAACUUACCUAUUGAAUUAAGAAGAGUUUUUAUUACAGAUUCUCACCGCUGCUCCUGUUUCCCUUCCUAUGUCCUUUUUCUCAUCCUUUUUCUCUGUCCUUCGGUGCAUGAAUUUAAGGCCUCAUAUAGUCCCAGCUGAUGCCAAUAAUAAAAGAAAAGAAAUCAAGUGGGCUGUAUUUUCUCUAUGCAAAAUGUCUGUCUUAGUGAAAAUGACUGAAAGGAGAACAGUGAGUCUGUCCUCCAUAUGCACACACAGCAGGAGCUGCAGGGCAGCUGCCUCAGCUGGGUUUCCCCCAGGUAUUUCAUCACAUUGGAGCUAGAGUCAGGAGGGAGGCAUGCUGCCCACCCUAUGGCUUCCUGAGAAAGUCAGACUGCAAACCUGCGCCUCUCUCACUUCGUUCCCAGUGUCAUUGACGGUGUUGUUUCUUCAUAGUGCCUUUUUCCUUAUUUCAAGGGUUGCUUAGGCGUGGUGGCUUCUGUUUUGUUUUAAAAUAAGUUAAAAACAGUCCAGAGCUUUUCAGCCAGUUUGUCCCCUACUCUGUGUGAACAGUUUUCCUUCAGGAGAAGGGAAAGCGGGGUAAAGAAAGGAAGCAGUACAACUGAAGGUGGGUGACCUCCUGUACUGAGCCAGGAGUGUCUGCGGCUCAGCUUCAGUACUUAUGAGGCCCUCGAUGCUGGCUGUGAGCAGUGGAGCAGCUGCUGACCCCACAAGCCUGGUGCAUCUGGCUGCAAGGGCGGCACAGUGCUUGACCUCCAGGUCUCGGGUGUGCUCUGCCCUCCUAUCCCCAGAGUCUGCCAGGCACAAACUUCUGGAGCCAGCAGGUUGCAGAUAAGGAAGGCAGAAAAUGGCACCUAAGCCAUUUUCAGUCUUCGCAAGUCCAACCUUAUUAUGCCUACGCUGGGGUGAGAAUUCAGAGUAUUCACUUUUUGUUUUUCUUGCUCUUAAAUUUAGGUCCAGGCUUUCACUUAUGUGUCCCCUGACCUUCAAGGGGGUAGUGGCAGGAAGCAAGACUGGCUUUCAUGUCUCUUUCACAGAGGACUGUGUUUGCACCUAUUCCCAACACCCCAUCCUUGGAAGCCGGAGGAGUUGAGGAAGGUGAAGUGGGAAAGACAGGAAGGCCAGGCCACUCAGAGCUCUGUCUACCUUCUGCUGACUCUCGGUCCCUCGUAGCAGUAUGCCUGCUAACCGCUUCUCUCCACACAGUCACCCUUCCCCUAACAAAACCAAGGUCACUUCUCUUUCUCUCCCUGGAAGUUGGCAGCCUUUGCCCUUUGUGUUCCUAGGGGUCAGUGGAAUCUCCGCUGGACUCUGCUUGUGGAAAUGGACUUGGCGUGGAGAGCCUUAAGGCCCAGGAGACGUUGACUCUUCUGGCCCAAGCAGUCUUCACCUCCUGGCUCCCUCUCCUUCUGCUCCUCCUUUCCCCACUUAUGAUAAGAGAACUCUCUGACCUUCUACCCCUGGACCAUUUGAUUGUUUUAUUUUGAAAUUGGUGUAUAUCAUGAAGCCUUGCUGAACUAAGUUUUGUGUGUAUAUAUUUAAAAAAAAUCAGUGUUUAAAUAAAAAGACCUAUGUACUUAAUCCUUUAACUCUGCGGAUAGCAUUUGGUAGGUAGUGAUUAACUGUGAAUAAUAAACAUACAAUGAAUUCUUCA